AUGGCCACAUCUACCCUAGAUCCCAAGGCGGCGCCGCUUGCUGAGGACUUGAAGGAGCUUGCCCUUUCGCUCCCAACGCCUGCCUUCCCCAAAAAUCUGUUCUGUUCACUUUGCAACCAGCUUGCGAUUGACUCGUAUAAGCUCCUAUGCUGUAACAAGGCCAUCUGUUCAUCAUGCCAGACCACACUUUCUUUUCCCACUACUUGUCCAUCGUGCGACCACUCUCCGCUCGAGGCCGACUCGUGCACUCCGAACAAGGCCUUGCGCAACACGAUGCGAGUCUGGCUACAAAAACAGAAGAAGAAGGAAGAGGCCAAGGUCGCUGCACAGGUCGCUACCCCGCCCGUAGAAGCGACUGCAGCAGGUCUAGAGGUACAGCCCGUGGGCGAGGUAUCCGAGAAGCCUGUGGAGAGUGUGGAGGAAGCACCGACAGCGGGAAGCACCUCUGUUCAAGGAUUAUCUGGCCCUGCAGAGGAUGCAGCUAUUACUGAAGAGCGCGCAAGCGCUGCCUCGGCCCAACUCAUGGAAAACAUGGAUUCCCCAGAAAACACGCUUGAGCAGCGCGACAGCACCAUGCCUCAAACCAUGACCCAGGGCGAUGAACGUCCAGCGGCGAAUGGUCCAAACGAGGAGCAGAGCGUCGUUGAUGGGCCAAGUGAUGGCUCCACAAACAAUCUCAACAUGAUGCAUGGGAUGCAGAACCAGAUGGGUUAUGGAUAUCCCAACCAGGGUGGAUUCAACAAUAGCAUGGGCUGGAAUGGUAUGCCGAACAUGAUGGCCAAUGGCAACUGGAAUGACUUCAAUAACAUGAAUGGCAUGCCAUCAAAUCAUAUGUACGGCAAUUUUGGUGGGAAUAUGGGCAUGGGCAUGGGCAUGAACGACAUGUCGGCCAUGAACAUGAUGAACUAUGGUGGCGGCUAUGGCAAUGGAUGGAAUGGCAUGGGCGGUGGUUAUGGAAACUUCAACGGAACCAACCAGAUGGGUGGCUAUAAUCAAUCUGGAGCUUAUCCCGACAUGAUGAACCAGUUCCCCAAGAAUAAUUUCUCAAACCAGAACCAGAAUCGUUUCCAUGCCAAUCAAGGGGGCCAAAAUCCUCAACGAGAUAGGAAUGGCAGUCGUGGAAACUUUGGACCUGCGUUUCAGAACGCAAAUAGCCGUCCUGAAAGCCGAAGUGGCCCCGUUCAGAACCGUGACGGCCAGUCGCCUGGCGGGUCAGCUAAUGCUGCCCCUGAGGCUGAUGCUGAUGGCGAGGAAGCGAAAGCACCUGCCGAGGAUCCUGAACAAGGUAAGACGGUUGUCGAUGGGGACCCGACUGGUCCACAGGCUGGAAAUGCCGAAGCAUCUGGUGACAGCAGCAAGAAUCAUGCCGUUGAUACUAAUGUAGAGGAUGAUGCAAACGGGGAAGCUCAGGCAAAUGGACUCAAUCCUAUCCAGGCAUUUGAAUCUGGUGAUGCGGACAUGCAAAACUUUGAUCAGUCGAUCAUGAGCAAUGCAAUGCAUCCAGAAAUGGCCUUCCAGCAGGCUAUGAUGAAUCAGAUUCCACACCAGCAGAUGGACGCUUCUUUUGAUCCCAGUAUGAACAUGAAUAUGGGAUAUAAUCAACAGAAUAACUUUGGUCCUCGUGGUGGCUUCAACAGCGGAGCUUAUGGUGCUGCUCGGGUCCUUGUUGGUCAGGCUCCCGAACCUGUUGGCGUGGGAGUCGCUGGAGCGCCAACUGGUCCGCGAGCAAUGCGUGAAGGUCGGCCAAACACUGGAUUCUCAAGUCGGGCGAAUAGCACUCGUUUCCCACCUGCUGCUCCCAGAAGUGUUGCUUCCGCACAUGAGCCUGCUCCAGAAGGCAGCCCACACCGCAGGGUGCGAUCUCGAUCUCCAUUGCGAGACGAGGCCCUCCGUGUCAAGCAAAGGUCACCUACACGAUCAAGAUCUCGAUCAAAAUCACCACCACGUGAUGAGCCUGUGGAUGAAUACCGGGGGCGCUCGCAUUCAGCAGAUCGUGCGUCACUACAGGAUGAUCGAGGGCGCUCACCGACUCCCAAGGACGAUCAUGACUUUGAUCACCGCAGGGAGCGAAGGCACCAGCGAUCAUUGCGUCACGACGAGCGCGAUGAUGACAACGAAGAUAGGCACCGUAGCGAUCGGGAGAGUCGAGGGGAUCACACCCGAGACGUGUCUGUCGAAUCAAAGCACCGAAGUAGCCGUGGUGACAAGGACAAAUACCGCUCUUCACGCUCACACCGCGACCGCAGCAAGGAACAUCGUCGGCGUCAUCGCUCACAGGAGCGGUACGAGGACACAGAUGGCCGUACCGAUCUGGACAGAGAUUCCGAUGGCGGCUCUCGUCGCAAACCUCGAAGCAGCGAUAAAGACAAGUACCGCGAAAGAGAACGAUCACGCGACAAGGAUCGUAAGAGAGAUCGAAAGGAUCGCAAAGACCGCGAGAGAGACCACGACUAUGAGAGGGAAAAGGAUCGCUCGCGUGAAAAGGACAAAGACCGUAGGCGUCGCCGUGAUCGCGAGGCAGAAGAAGAUGAGCGCGACAAUGAUGAAGACAAACAUCGUUCCUCUCGAAGCCGCAAGGACCGCGACCGCGAAUUGGCCAGGGGCCGCGAUCAGUAUGAGCAGGAGCCAAGAGAGAAGAUGCCACGCAUUCAAAACGAAGAAGACGUGGUAGGCCAGAUGAUGAAGAAGCGUGCUGCCUCGCCGCCUCUGAAUGCACCAACUGGCCCCUCUUCCAAUGGCUUCAGCAUCAAAGGUCGUUCAAAAACCACUGUCAUGCCACCCCCUCAACCCCCGGCCGGCCCACGAGCAUUCCAGCCACCCAAGGGCCCGGCGGCAGAUCGCAACAAAGACCGCAGCGAUUCGAGAGAUCAUCGCCGAAAGAGCAGCGUGAGCUCUGGCCAUGCAACUCCCAUUGCACCCUCGACACCUCAAGACCACUAUGCCGCUGAACGUGAACGCCAUGCUCGCGAACGGCUUGAAAGAUCACCACGGGAGCCUUCGAAUGAUAAGUCGCUUCACUCACGCAUUUCUUCCCGACCCUCCUCGUCUUCCAAGCGCUCCCGUGAGGAGGCGGAAGAUAGAUAUGACUCGCACGCACCUGUUGCGCCGAAAGGUCCCAAAGCCGAGAUCAAGGCGCCUACGGGGCCGGCGGGCCAUCGGGACAAGAGACGCAAGAGUGGCACCACGGGCGAUGAUAACAUUGCCAAUCUGUUCACGGCGGGGUUGAGGAAGAAUGCGAAGAGACGGGGGGGAGUGAGGACCGAAGGGGAUGUGGAGAGGGAGAUGGUGCAACGAGAGAGGGAGAGACGGUGA